AUGCCCUCCACCACCACUCCUUCUGGCGCGAGCGAGUUUUCUGUUUACUUUGACGCGCCUAUCGCACACAUGUCAACCAAAGAUACCACCCCCGAUGCAGCCCUUGUAGAGUCUCCUACCAGUGAGACCCUCGCCACUACUAAUUCCUAUACCAACACCUCUCCCAAUAACCCAGUUCCGGAGAACGACGAGGAGAUGGCUGAAGCUGGCGAUACCGUUGCUGCUCCCUCUGAAACUUCCAACCCCUCGCCAACCCCGUCUUCCCACUCGCCCAAGACCCAACACGCCCGUGUCGUUUCUGUUGGCCGUGCCACUUCGAUUGCGCAGCGCUCCGUCUUCACUAAUGCAGACGGGCGCAGCGUGGCUGGCUCCACUUUUAUUAACGGAGCCGGUACAACAGGACCGAACGCAACCGCCGAGCCAGACGAUAGCCUCCAUCUUCGCGCUGCUUCUGCCGAUGUCGCCUUGACCGACGAGCAGAAGGCCAACAUCGCCAAGCGGGAAUCGAAGAGCAACAAACAGAUUGCCAAAAUAAUCAAGUCGGAGGCGAAAGUCGAGAAGAAAGCGCUUGACAUUGCCGUGCGGGAACUGUCAGAGCUCCACAACCUUCAGAAGGCCGCGGUCAAGCGUGAGGAGAAGGCGCAAUCGACGUACAACAAAACGCUGGCGACAUUCCAGAAGCACGAGGCUGUCUUUCUCGCUGCCCGUGCCAAGUUUGAGGCGUCGCAAGCAUUGUUGAACUCCCACACGGAGACGUUGGAGAUCACGCGUAAUAAUGCAAAAGAGGCGACCGCAAAUGUCCAGGAAAAGUCUCAGGAGGUGGACAGUCUGCGCAAGAUGUUUGAUGUCGAUGAGCGCGAGCGCGAGGUCAAGUUGGUGGAGCUCACUGGCAAGGGCUCGACAAGGAAGCGAUGGACUCUGAUGAGUUAG